UCAAAUUUUUCCAAGAAAAUUGUAUCUCAGCUAUACGCUACUCAUAACUCAAUAUGUGAACAAUUUGUAUACAAUUUGUAGGUGCUUAAUAGUAGCAUGCCUUCACACGUUUUGUAGGGAUUAUGGGGGUUAUUUCAAACCAUAGCAUGAUGCAAGCAUGUCAGUUUUGUCAAAAAAAUCCAACUGUUUUCAUGAAAUAUUUAAUCAUGCUGUAAUGAGACAGGAGAAACUCAAAACAACACGUCACCCUGUGGGAGGUGUCAUUAGUUUAAAGAGUGAUGAUAAACGGUGUCUUUGUCAUUGUCAGAUGGAUGCACACAGAGAAAGAUGUUUUUAUAUGUCAUACCAAUGGCAUACAUUGCAGAUCCUUUUUUGUUUUGUGCAUUAAUACAAUUGGUGAAUUAGUGAAUCUUCUCCAGUUUGGUGGUCAGAUCCCAUUCAAACUCAAAAUAAUGCAAAUUUAAUAGAUUAUGCAAUUCAUAUCUAAAUGUUUUCCAUGGAGGUAUGAAUGUGAAUUAUAGCUUAUCAACAUAAUCUGUACUUUAUAAAGACAGUAAUUGUACAAAAUGUUUGUAUGUUUAAUUUUGCCUUGACAGUCUAAUGCUUGUGUAAUUGUCAAUGUCAAAUGUCUUUUUAUUGUUAAAAAAUUGUGAAUUUGUUAUUGUAAAAUUGUUACAUUCUUGUUGUAUGAGGUAAGCCGUAUAGAGUCAUGACCUAUACCAAUAUCACUGUCUUUACUGAAUUCUACCUGCUGGGAUUUCCAGGACUCCAUCCACAGUAUUAUGGAGGUGUAGGAACCCUUUUGUUCUUUGUCUAUUUGAUACUGGCAGGAGGAAAUAUCUUUAUUAUUGCAUUCAUUGCUUAUGAGAGAAGCCUUCAGAAACCCACCUAUUUAAUCUUCUGUAAUCUUGCUGUGUGUGAUCUUGCUUUUGGAACUGCCACGCUGCCUAAAGCCAUUGCAAAAUACUUUUUCAAUAGCAGUGAUAUAUCAUUUUAUAGUUGCUUUGUGCAGAUGUUUUUUGUUCACUACUUAGGGACUAUUAUCUCUUUCCUAAUGCUAUUAAUGGCCAUUGAUCGGUUUGUUGCUGUACGUAACCCACUGAGAUACUGUGUCCUUAUUACAAACAAAACAAUUUUUAUGGCAUGUGCUGCAUUUUGGGCAAUCAGUAUAUCGUGGCUGUCAGUCAUUGUUUUUCAUGCCUUCAGUGAACCCUUCUGCAAUUCUAACGUAAUAACCCAAAAUUACUGUGACCAAAAUUCAAUAAUUAAACUGUCUUGUGGAGAUGUAAGUCAAAAAAAAUUAUUUUCAUUUUCAUGUGCUAUGUUUGUUCUUUUGGGCCCAUUAAUAUUUAUCAUAUUUUCUUUCAUUGCCAUCAUCACAUCUGUUUUCAAAAUCUCAGACAUUCAGGCCCGAUAUAAAACAUUCUCAACUUGCACUCCUCAGCUUCUUAUCAUUUGUCUUUACUAUGUGCCCAGAUGCGUUGUUUAUGUGCAUGAUGUGACAAUUGCGAUCUCACCUGGCAUCCGGGUUAUGUUAAUUAUGUGGUACAGUCUGCUCCCACCUGUUGUCAAUCCAAUGAUAUACUGCUUCAGAACCAAAGAGAUCAAAGAUGCAUUAAAGAAAAAAAUUAGAGAUAGGAAAGUGAGUAUGCAGAUAUAAAUGGAGUGUACAGUAGAGUGCAUUGUUUACACUUGCCUUGUUUAUGUACUUAUAUCACUGUUAUUUUGGCUGUGCUAACCUCUUCAAUCAGAAUCAAUGAUAAAUCAUAUUUUAUUUAAUAAAAUCUGCAAAAUGUAAAAAUAAAUUUAAUUUUCUUGAUGUAUAAACAAAUUUGUUCAAUAAAGUAUAUUUUUUGCCUUCUA